AGAACUAUUCCAUUUCGUUCUAGUUUUUCUCUUCAAUAUCACCCUACUUUCACAGGUUCUCCAAUGUGCUGCGGAAGGCAUCGUCAGUACAGGAGUAGAGUUGAAUGGAAUCUUGGUGGCGUAUUCGAAAUAUCGUGCCGCCAGAGCUGGGCUCGGAAGAAAAGCAAAGUUUCAUAGAAUGGAUAUCUUCAAGACUGAGUUGGAACCAUUCAACACCGCCGUCAUAUUCGGUGCGGAAAAUUUGAUGACCGAUAUGGUACCAAAGCUAAGUGAGAUGAGAUCUGGCACAGCACUGUUGGCAUGCCGUUUCCCACUUCCCGAAUGCGAUCACUUUCAAUCAGUUGCUCAGAUCGGUGAAGGAAUCGAUGCAGUUUACGUGUACAGGAGAAAUUAG